GUCAAUAACGGAGCGUGUGUCUUGCUGGGACACAGUGAAGGUCUAACCUGUGGUUUGCGGAGCGGUCGGGUGUAUUCUCCGUUCGCCCCCACGCCCUCGAGGCCCCCGCCUCGACCAACUGGCGGAGCCCGCCAGUGGUUCCUGCGGCGCCCUCCCGCACUGGAUCGCUCCUCGCUGGGGCGGGACCUGUCCCGACGGCUCCGGUCGCUAUGAGUGAAACAUCUUUUGACCUAAUAUCAGAAAAAUGUGACAUUCUGUCAAUUCUUCGGGAUCAUCCUGAAAACAGGAUUUACCAGAGGAAAAUCCAGGAACUCAGCAAGAGGUUCACUGAGAUCCGCAAGACCAAGGGGGACGGCAACUGCUUCUACCGGGCCUUGGGCUAUUCCUACCUGGAGUCUCUGCUGGGGAAGAGCAGGGACAUCCUCAGGUUCAAAGAGCGCGUCCUGCAGACCCCAAAUGACCUUCUGGUUGCCGGUUUUGAAGAGCACAAGUUCCGAAACUUCUUUAAUGCUUUUUACAGCGUGGUGGAACUCGUAGAGAAGGACGGCUCGGUGUCCAGCCUGCUGAAGGUGUUCAAUGACCAGAGCACCUCAGACCGAAUCGUGCAGUUUUUGCGCCUGCUCACCUCGGCCUUCAUCAAGAACCGCGCAGACUUCUUCCGACACUUCAUCGAUGAGGAGAUGGACAUCGAGGACUUCUGCACUCACGAAGUGGAGCCCAUGGCCAUGGAGUGUGACCACAUCCAGAUCACAGCCCUGUCUCAGGCACUGAACAUCGCCCUACAGGUGGAGUAUGUGGACGAGAUGGACACGGCCCUGAACCACCACGUGUUCCCUGAGGCUGCCACCCCUUCCGUUUACCUGCUCUAUAAAACAUCCCACUACAACAUCCUUUAUGCAGCCGAUAAAUGUGAAUUACUUUUAGGACACGCAGUGGAGCCUGCCACCUAACGGGACUACAUUCCAAAUGGAACAUUCUGACUUUUCAGUUUUUUAAAGCAACUUAGACUACAGUUAGAAAACGUACAGCCUUUUGGGCCAAGUGGCCAGCAAUGUGGCCCACCCGUCACGGACCGUGGUAACUUGGUGAUAUUCUUAGUAUUUGUUUUCAUGGAGGAUCAAAUGCUUUCUAACUCAGGGCUACAAAGCCAGAAUCCCUGGCUCUGCUCUCAGGUCCCUGAGACCCUGGGGAGGUCACCUCCCCUCUCUCAGCCUGUUUCUUCAUCUGGACAAGGAUGCUGCCAGUGCUGACAUUCUGUUGUGUAAAAAGAGGGCCCUCUGGUGUCCUUUUCACCAGGGGUAGUACCUCUCUGUUGGGAGGAAAAGCUCAAGAUCGGCUGUCGUCGGUGACUUACCAGUUCCACAAAAAAGAAUCCAGUCCAGUCAGCUGUUGGACUGGACUGUGGUGGAUGGCCGACUGAAGCACUGGCCAGUUGAGGCCAACCUGAACGUAAGGACUUCAGCAUGGUUCCAGACAUUCACGAUGGGCCUGUUCCCUCCUCCUAACUUGAGGGGAAAAAAAGACUUUAUGCCAAAGUCUCGAAAGGGGCCUUCAGCAUGAAGCUCAAGUUGCUGUGGCCCCUCUACCUCUCUCAGGUCCAGGACUGCCUGCCCCUGGGCAGGCCCUUCAGGAUUCAGCAGCCAGCCCCACCUUAGCACAGGCUCAAGGAACACUGGGGUCUGGGACCAGGAAGUGGUCUCACCAUCCCCAUCACAGCCUGGAAGUAGAACCCAGAUAAUCCUCCAGGUGGAGACCCCACACGCAGCCAUAGACUCCAGCUGGGCAGGGCAGAUGAGUUUUGCAAGGCUGGCUGUGGCUUUCCUUUUUCCCCCCUUCUUGGUUUGUGGGCUGGCGGGAAAUCAGGUGGGAAAGAACAGAGACAAGACAAGGAAAUGGGGAGUGGGGGAGAUUUCUGUUGUGGAAACUGCCUGGAAGCCUAGAGCCCUGGCUGGCAGUUGCCUCCUUCAUCCGCCUGGACCUGCCCCUUAACACCUCGUCACCUUGCUGCCCCAGGACCUCAAAGAGCCCUGGUGGCGAGCUCUUACAGGGGGUACUUCCCUGACCUAAGGACUUUGCUCACAGGUUCCAUUCUGCAGGGAUUCAGGAGAAUCCACUGGUGCUACAGUGCAUGUCUGUUGCCAGACUGUGCACAGAACUAGGCAGCAGACUGCUCCGAGGUGGGGCACACAGACUUCUGCCUUUGUGAAGACAGAUGUUAGGGUGCUUUAAUUCCAGGCAGGGACCCUGGUUCUCCUAUAGCCCUUAGCUCGAGUUUAAACCCAAGGGCUCACGCUCAAUGAUUAUGUCACCUUUCCACAGGAAUGUAAACCUGACCUUGAUCUCUGAA